UCAAAUUUCCAUCCUGAAGGUUGUCCCUUAACGGACUCUGUUCAUUUCCUUCCGGUAAAGAUCAACGCGUCAGAGCUUUGCUAGCAUUUUCCUGUGAAGGUCGCGAGUCGUAUUAUCAUUUAAAGAUGUCUUUGGUCAAGCCUGCCAUGAGAGGACUGCUGGGGAAGCGUCUGAGGUUUCAUCUGCCCAUCGCUUUCACACUCUCCUUGAUUGCAGCUGCAGCUUUCAAGUACGGAGUCACUGAGCCCAGGAAACAGGCCUAUGCUGACUUCUACAAGCAGUAUGACGCCACCAAUGAGUUCAAUGCCAUGAGGGAAGCAGGGAUCUUCGAGAGCGUCCGGCCAUCUGGAGAAUAAACAAGUGUUGUCAUGCUCUGCAUUCCCGGUUGGAAGUCCCUAAUCCUCGAUGUUCUAUACUGAUGUCUGAUGUGAACAUUGUUUGUAUGUUCUCAUAAAUAAAAUUGUCUAUUAUGUG